UACACAAAGAAUACACAUACAUUAGCAAAAAUGUCCAUGGAAAAUGAGAAUAGCAAUGGAAACGACGAGCAUUUGCAUAUAGCAAUGUGUCCAUGGUUUGCUUUUGGUCACAUUACUUCUUUUCUCCAUUUAGCCAACAAACUUGCUGAAAAGGGUCACAAGAUCUCUUUCUUCCUCCCUACAAAAACCAAAAACAAGUUUGUCAUUCACAACCACCACCCAAAUCUCAUCACUUUGAUUCCAAUCCAACUCCCGUCUGUGGAUGGACUUCCUGUUGGAGCUGAAACAACUGCGGAUGUUCCUGCUUCUUCUAGGCCUCUCAUAAUGACUGCCAUGGACCAAACUCAGGAUACAAUUGAAUCCCAUCUUUGUACCCUUAAACCUGAUUUCAUCUUCUUUGACUUUGCUGACUGGGUUCCUAAAGUGGCCCGAAAACACCAAAUUAAGUCAUUGUUUUAUUCCACAGUUUACUUAGUAACAGUUGCUUACUUGCUCCCUCAGCCAAGAAACCUACCUAUCAACUGCUUCUCAGAGGAAGAUUUGAAGCAGCCACCACCAGAGUUUCCUUUGCCUUCUAUCAGGCUACGAUCCCAUGAAGCUCGUAGCCUUUCUAGUGCAUCUAAAGCUGAGUUUGGAGGUGGUGGGAUGUCAUUGUUGGAAAGAGUUUCAGUAGCUUUCCGAGAGUGUGAUGCUGUUUGUAUCAAGACUUGUAGGGAGAUGGAAGGGCCUUAUUGUGACUUUGUUCAGAAGAACUAUGGUAAGCCUGUGCUUCUUGCUGGGCCUGUGGUGCCAGAACUGCCUUCUGGUAAGCUUGAUGAGUACUUCGAAGAUUGGUUGCAGGGUUUUGGAAACGGUAGUGUGUUGUAUUGUGCACUUGGGAGUGAAUGUUUCCUUCAAAAACACCAGUUUCAAGAGAUUGUUUUGGGACUUGAACUCACAGGUAUGCCCUUCUUGGCCGCCCUUAAGUUGCCUAUAGAAUGCUCCACACUCGAGUCAGCCUUACCUGAAGGGUUCACAGAAAGAACAAAAGGAAGAGGAAUUGUUCACAUUAGUUGGGUGCAACAACAACUGAUCUUGCAACAUCCUUCAGUGGGAUGUUUCCUAACACAUUGCGGGGCCGGAUCCUUGUCAGAAGCUAUGGUUAGCAACUGUCAAGUAGUGAUGUUACCUCACGCAGUUGAUCAAUCCAUCAAUGCAAGAAUGAUGAGCCUUGACUUGAAACUCGGGGUGGAGAUUGACAAGAGAGAUGAAGACGGUUUCUUUACUCGUGAGGCGGUUUGUAAGGCAGUGGCGACAGUCAUGGAGGUGGAGAAUGAAGUGGGAAGAGAGGUUCGAGCUAACCAUGCAAAAUGGAAGGAGUUUUUGUUAAGAGAAGGACUUGAGGAAUCCUACAUCAGUGGGUUUAUUCAGAGUCUAAAAGACCUUGCAUAAUCAGCUCGAAUUUGACUAGUACCUAAAUUCUAAAACUAUUGUUUUAGGAAUUGAAUGGGUUUUCUUAUUAAAUAGUUUACAUUGGAAAAGAAUGCUUUCAAUAAAUGUUGUAAUCUUUAUACAACACAGAAUAAUCGUUACUUUUCUUCUUCU